AGGGCAGAGUGUGUGUGUGUGUGUGUGUGUGUGUGUGUGUGAGUCAGCUAUUUAACACCACGCCCUGUCCCGUCCUGGAUCAUAACGGAGCUGCUGCUGCACACUGCCUCACUGCUGCUGCUUCUGCUGAAGGUUUGACUCAACAUGGCGCUCGUUUCUGAGUUUCUGGGCCAACUGACACUGUCGUAUGGAGGGGAAGCAGAACCCAAAUUCCCCACCGUGGUGCCGGCACGAGACUUCGACCCGGCCAGAGACGCUGCCAGGAUCGAGACGGCCAUCAAAACUAAAGGUGUAGACGAACAAACCAUCAUCGACAUCCUGACUAGACGCAGCGGAGAGCAGCGGAGAGAGAUCGCCUUCGAAUAUGAACGUAUCGCCAAGAAGGAUCUGAACACGGCCCUGAAGGCAGCGCUGUCCGGCCCUCUGGAGGCUCUGAUGUUGGGUCUGAUGAAGACCACUGCUCAGUAUGACGCCUCAGAGCUCAAAGCCUCCAUGAAGGGACUGGGAACAGACGAGGAGACCCUCAUCGAGAUCGUCUGCUCCAGAAACGACGAAGAACUGGCGGACAUCAAGAAGGUUUACAAAGAGAUGUUUAAGAAGGACUUGGAGAAAGACGUAGCAGGAGACACAUCAGGAGACUUCGCCAAACUGCUGCUGUCUCUGGUUCAGACAAAGAGAGAUCAACCGUCUAAUGUGGUCGACUACGAGAAGAUUGACGAGGACGCCAGAUCUCUGUAUGAAGCCGGGGUGAAGAGGAAGGGAACUGACGUGGUGACCUGGAUCACCAUCAUGUCUCAGAGGAGCGUCCCCCACCUGCAGAAAGUGUUUGAGAGGUAUAAGAGCUACAGUCCGUACGACAUGAAGGAGAGCAUCAGGAAGGAGGUGAAAGGAGAUCUGGAGAAGUCCUUCCUCACUCUCGUGGAGUGCUUUGAAAACAGGCAGCUGUACUUCGCCAACAGACUCAAUGAAGCCAUGAAGAGUAAAGGAGCCAAGGAAAAGGUGGUGACCAGGAUCAUGGUCUCUCGCUGUGAAGUCGACCUGAUGAAGAUCAGAACAGAGUUCAGGAGGCAGCACAAAAGAUCACUGUACCAGACCAUCGCUGAGCACACUAAAGGAGACUACCAGAAGGCUCUGCUCAGUCUGUGUGGAGGAGAUGACUGAAAACUCAACUCUGUCCAGACUCAGUUUCCCAGAAGGCCGCUGGGUUUGAAAUACCAGCUGACUGCAGAUGUUCUUACAGUAUUAGAGCCUUUAUUGUUUUCACUUCCAUAUUAAACACAUCACCUCCUUCCUCAUCUUUCUAUGCAGCUUCAGUUUCUAAAAAUAAAACCGUUUCACCAGUU